UAUUAGAUGGGUGGAGGCCGAUCUGUAUACAAUAUCAACAACAGACUAUUAUGCUCACAACUGAUUUUCCCUCCACCACCCAGGAUUUUUUCUUUUUUCUUGUACUUCUUCUGGGUUUGACUGGGUGUGUCUGCUCUCUGUAACAUGAGAGCCACAUGACCAAUAGGAAGGCAAACAGUCUGGAAGUUAGAGUUCUUCCGCAAACUUUAUGAGUGUUUGCUGCGUAGUAAGAAGCACAAGGCCUACAGUCUACAGUCCAACAACACUGGAACAGAGCUACGUCAGCAAAGAUGGCAAAUCCACUACAGAAGCUUGUGUCUGAGAAAAAGGACAUGGUGGAGACAGUGAUGGAAGUGUUUGAGCAAGGAGCUGAAGUGGUGGCCAGCAUCGCCGGUGACCUCUUCCCCGUCUUCUCCAUCGCAGCCCCGAUUGUCAAGCUGGCUCUGGACAACGUGGAGAGCAAAGAGGCCGCAUUCAUGAAGGAGCAGUUUCAGAAGGUCAGAGAUCGGCUGGAUGUAGUGUCUGAGGAGCUUCAGCGGAUCAACGAGGAGAUCAAGAAGAGCGGAGUGGAUUCUACGUACUUCCCCGUUGAGGAAAACAUUACUAAUCAGUUCAGGAAGUACAUGGACAUCCUCAACGCCAAACCUAAGUUCCGGGAAGUGAAGAAGAAGCUCUUCCUGGAGCAUUUCGCCAAGACCGGAGGCGACAAAAAUAUUAACACCCUAUACAACGUUGUGAUGGGAGAAAGUUUCUCUGGGGAACCUUUGCUCGAGAUCAUCCUUAACUAUGAGGAGAAAAAUCGCCGGGUGAUGGAAGACUUUUGCGCCCGUCUGAAGAAGCUCUUCUGCAUUGCGCUCAUUGCACUGCUGGGCCACGCUGCUCUGAAAGGAUAUGACGAGGAGGACGAUCUUCUGAAAGAGUGGGGUGAGAAGAUGAAGGCUGUCCAGGGUAAAAUGAACGCUGUCAUUGAAGACUGCAUCGUCAGCUUCCCUAAACAAGCUGAAGAAGACUCCCGACGACUGGUGAGAGAUCAGCAAGAUUUAACCAACCAACAGCUAGCUGAUGCUAUGGUAGAGAAGCUAAAGAAGAAGUAUGACUGGGUGGGCUGGUCUGUGCGUAUAUUUAAAUCUCCUUCAGGCCUGUUUGUCAACAAGAGGGAUUUCCAAUGCGCAACGGGAAAGAACCGCUUCCAAGUGCCUUCAUCGGAUGAGAAACUGAACGUAUGGGUGUCCUACAGCUCCUCGCCUGAGCCUGUGGACAAGAGCCACAUCCAACAGCUGAUCCAGUCUCAGAAGAAACUCACAGUGGUUGGGGUCGCUGAGUUCCUGUUCGAGAAGUUACCCGGCGACUGUGUGGUUCACACAAUCAAAUCCACCAAAGACCUGGCCUGCUCGUGGAGCUUCGAAGAUGAACUUCACUACUGGGAGGAGCACAAAAACUUCUACGUCUGUGUUCACUCAGCUUGAUGUUUUAGACACUGAACAAAACUCCAAAAGUCGCUCAUUCUGUGUUUGUGUUUGUUUGUGUACCACAUCAUCAUUUCUGCACAGAUAAUUGGUGCACCUUCAUCUUUAACCUUCAUCUUGGUUGCUCCUCUGGGCAGUUAUUUUGAAGCCCUUAUCUAAAUGAAUGGGUACAAAGCCAGAUUAUUUACUUCAGUGGUCAUUAGAAGAUAAAAAGACGUUUCUUUCAAAAGAACGAUUAAAGUGAUUUGUUCUCAGCAGUUAUGCUUCUACUAAUGAAAAGUUUGAUAAUGUUACAACUCAUUUAAUUGCUCAGUCUGGAGUGACGACACAAUCAGUCGCUGUUCAUCUCACCAGCACACGGAACAGACAUUUUGCAUAUAUAAAAGGAGAAGACAUGUUUAAACAGUUACAGUGGUCAUGAAUAUGGCUAAUAUGUUUCCCAGGUGUUGAUUAGGGUCAAAACAUCUGCAGUCUUUGCCAUUAAGGAAUUUCAUAGACUUUCAUAGAUUUGUAUUCACGAUUCUUGUAGUACCAGUGUCUGAUAUUAUACAGUAUAUGCCUUCCCAAACUGCACUUCCACAAUCAUUUUUUUAUGCUGAAAUGUUCUUUUUUCUGACAUUUAUCCACAAGAAGUUCACAUAAACUAGACUGGAGACAAGGCACAAAGAAUUGUGAAAACAAAAAUACAGAGAAAUGAAACAGCAAACAUGGUGGUUGAUCCACGGCUGAAAUGUAGUGGAGCGUGAUGUUCCACAGUUCAGGUUCAUGAUUGUGCUUAAAUUGUGUUGUGGGAGGCAUAUUUUUUUGUUAUCUAGUAAAGCUAUAGGUAAGUGUGCCAUUUUCCUUUUUUUCCUGCUAACUCCAAGCAUAACGAUAAUAAGUGUGGUAUAUGUGUCACCUAAAAAAGCUAAAAAGUUUUUUAAACAUUAUUUUGGGACAAAAUUCCCAAACUCAGGAAGCAUUUUCUUGCUUUCCCUUGACCACAGAAAUGAAUCCUGAGGCUGUCAUCCUGUUCAGAGAGAAAGGUUUCAAAAUAGCCCAAAUGUGCCUGAAGGCGUUGCUAAGGUGGCUGCAGAGUAGUAAGACUUUUUCCAGCGUUGACCAAACACAACUGAGCUUUGUUUCUUUCUCAAGACAGAUACAAGUGCUCACCUCUUGGCUUACUUUGCAUUAGUGUAAAUUGUAUCAUUUUUUAUGAAAGUUGUGGGUUUGAAAAUUUUUACAGAAACUUUGCCAGGAGCUAAUCAGCUAAUAUUUUCCACUGUUAUGAAAUUUGGGAGGACGUGGGACUUUGUUGUUACGGUUCAUCUGUCACAGAGAGAUUGUGCUGGUGCUGAUAAGUGCUGACGUCGCCCUGUUGAGGACAUCUACACCAAAGCAUUUGAGAGAAAAUGAUUCCAGGCAGAGAGACUGAAAUGGAAACUAUUCUUGUUCUCAGUUGGUGAAAUAAUACGGUAAUAAAUGUCUUCACUUGAAGCUGUACAGCACACAGCACAAGAGCUCACAAAAGAAAAGGGCUCCGUUUUUAUCCACACACCCUGUUACUGACAUGCUGAGGUGCUGUUUUGUUUACAGACAGGUGCCUAAAAUAUUCUUGUGUCACAAUUUUGCCUGUGAGGUUGUGCAACAUAAACUGGAAGUUUGAACGUACUCAAAACCCGACCUUCACUUUGUUGAGGGUAUAAACAGUUUUGGGUUUUUUUUUUGUGAGAUCAAUCUUGGGUUUGGGAUAUGAAAUUAAUAGAUUUUUAUUUAGAUUUUAAUACAUAAAUUGUAUAAUCUGACCACUAUAUGGACUCUACUUUAUAAGGACAGUAGCAGCUGCUCAUAGUUUUCCACACCACUAUAACCAAUCUGUGUUUCUUCUGUUUCUUUAUUAUUUUAUGUUAUUAUAUAAGUCUAAUAAAUUCUACUAAUUAUCAAUAAAAUUGUAUGCAACACCGAUUUGAAUAUAAAAAUGAUUGACAGAAAAUUCUUAUGUUGCACAUCUGUGUCAUAUUAUUUCCAUACAGUGUUUUGAGGAAAUUAGUGCCUCAGAUCAAAUUUUAUGCACAAAAAGCACUGAAUGUAAUAAAGCUUCCAAGUAAACAUAA